CUCCCCAGGGCAUCAUGGACCAAGGCAACACGACUCUCCCACCAACCACUGGGGUGAAUUCCAGCCAAAACCCAGCAGCUUCUCCAUCUCAGAGAUCAGGUGGAGGCGGAGCGUGUAGAAGACACAGAGUUAAGGGGAGUGACCUCAACACACAGGACAGUACAGACUCACACACUUUGCUGCUGCGGAAACACACACCAUCCGAGUCUCUCUCUGCGCUGGGUCCUGUGCUGCCCAGGGCACCAUGGACCAAGGGAGCACGACUCUCCCACCAACCACUAGGGUGAAUUCCAGCCCUACCUCAGCAGCUGUGAGCCCCGCUCACCUGGCCUCUGCAGUGUUGUUCUUUCCCACCUUCCUGGUGGGUGUGCUGGGGAACGGGUUGUACCUGUGGGUGCUGGGACUGAAGAUGAGGAAGACGGUGACCACCCUCUGGUUCCUCUCCCUAGUCUUCUGCUACUUCCUCUUCACCCUGAUGAUCCCCUUCUUCAUUGUCUACCUCCUCAUGGAUUUACACUGGGUCUUCGGCAAAUCCAUGUGCAAGCUCCUCUACACCUUCAUCUCCGUGGGUAUGUUCACCUCUGCCUUCCUUAUCACCCUCAUCAGCCUGGACCGCUACACCCUCACUCACCAUCCCAUCUGGUCCCGGAAUCACCGCACCAUGCCCCGGGCUCGGAAGCUGGUUGUGGGUGUGUGGCUGACCUCCUUUGUUCUCAGCACUCCCUACCUGGCUUUCCGGGAGAUCCGCGAGAUGGACGGGGGCAAGAUCAUCUGCAUCAAUAAUUACACGCUCUCCAGAGACUGGAAUGGAGCUGAGACGGAGGAGCUGAGCAGACGGGUCCACCAGGCUUUCUUCAUGGUCGAGUUCCUGCUGGGCUUCCUGCUGCCUUUCUGCACCAUCAUGGGAUGCUAUGUCCGCGUUGGGCUGAAGAUGAAGGAGAAGAAGCUGGCAUGGGCUGGGAAGCCCUUCAAAGUCAUGGUGACCGCGGUGGUUUCCUUCUUCCUUGGCUGGCUGCCCUACCACCUCUACUAUGGCUUGAAGCUCUACAAGAAGGAGGAGACAGAGUUAGUGACAGGCCCUCUCUUGGUCAUUUACACCUUCUCAUGCAGUUUCAACACCUGCUUUAGCCCCAUCCUCUACCUCUUUAUGGGGGAGAAAUUCUGGCAGGUCUUCAGGACAUCUCUUGUCACUCUAGUCAAAGCGGCUUUUGUUGACGAUCUCGGCAGCGGUGUCCCCGAGUCUAGUGGAAGACAAGGGUCAGAAGUCGAGAACACAAAACAGGAGAUGACCUGAAGAUGGCCAGACUUAGGGAGAGUUGAAAACUUGGCAUCCCUUUUGUCCCUAGAUUCCUGAUGGUUCUCAAUCCUAAUGGGCUCCAGGUAUCUAACUGUUCAUAAACCCUGCAAUAUCCCUGGAUUCUAGAUUCCCUGCUUUCUCCAGAAUUGCAUGCAUUCUAGGUCACUCCAUUUUUUCAAACUCAAUGCAUCAUCAAUGGCACCAGAUAGUAGCCAGCUACAGAAUCUUGUUUGUUUUAGAUGUCUCAAUGUGUUUGCACCUAAUUGACUCUCUUGGAUUCUGCAUCACUAGCUGGCUCUGGAAUCUCAUUUAUUGUAAGCCUAUUAAUGUGUUCAAAGUGAAAGUCUACGGGUUCUAGAUUCCCGACUGGAUCUAGGACAUCACUGGAUUCUAGAGUGUUUUCAAACCACAUAGAAUCCAACAGGUUCAAGAUUGUUUGCUAAAAGUCUCAAUGGGGUUCUAGAUUACCAAAUGGUUUAAAAUCCAUUAGGUGUAGUAUAUUAUAGAAGAGUCUCUGUAUUACUAUAGUGAUAUCUUGCUCUUCUCUAGUGCUUGUCAUGAGUAGAUCUCUAAGAACUUUAGCAAGCAGAUCAGUAGCAGUCUUCCAGUUUUUGCAAAUGGGUAAACUGAAACACAAAGUGGGAAAGUAGCUUGGCCAAGGUCACCCAGUGGAAACUUUGCUAAGUCCUGUGGCACAAUCGGGAACAAACCCAUGUCUGCUGUGUGCUAGCAUGUUUCUAUCCAUUGCAUCUCCUUAGACUGUGAGCUCUCCGGGACAGGGACUGUGUUUUCGCUCUGUGUUUGUAUGGUGCCUAGCACAGCAGGUCCUGGGCCAGGAUUGGGUUUCCCAGCACUACCAAAAAAUAAUAAUAAUAAUUCCCAGGCAUUCCUUGAACUACACAGAUUCUGUAAGUUUUCUGGGGUGGCUCUGAGAUAAUUUACAAACACUGCGUGACCCGCUCACUGGGAUAUUUAGUGUGGAGAGUCUCUGCCUUAGUUUAAGAGUGGCCAGUAAGGAAAAGAAGCCAGGAGAAUGAAGAGCGGCUCCAGAGAAACCACCUGCCCGUGAACAUUCAGGGAGGUGAAGAGAUAACGUUCAAGCUAGUAACUGUGAUGCUGUAUGGAAUGUGGAUGACCAUUCAUAAUAUUAUGGAUACCAAUAUUACAAAAUUGCAUGAAUCAUACCAGAUAUGCCAUGUCAGGUGUCAGUGGAUAAGGUAUGAUUUGCUAAAUAUGGUAAGCUUGUUUAUAUGUAUGUGUCAUAUAUGUAUUGUGAGUUAUAAAUAUGUUUGGUAUAUUGAUAUCUCCAACUUUUGACACACCCAGACAGAUUGGUAUUAGCACUGCCUAGUCUGUUCGAUGGCCCAUCAAGGGCAAUCGGCUGUACAGUAAACCCAUUGAGAGAAGCCAUGGGUACGCCUCUGAGUCAGCAGGACUUGUAGGGGCAUGCCUCUGGAGGGGGGACUCCAAGAGCUUUUCCAUACUCAUAUGCUGGGAACUUGUAUUUGGGACAGAGGAUGUACACAGGAUAUCAGAAUGCAGCUGCAUCUUCUCCAUUUUGUCUUCAAUCCUGCUUCCGACCUCUGGAGUAACUUCUCUACAAACUGCAGCUCUGAACAAAGUACUGAAUGACCAAUCCAAGCUGUGGAUGUGUUCCAGAGGGACUUUACCAGCCAGCAAACUCGCCAAUGCUGCUGCAAACCUGAUAUAUAGACUUUGAAGUCUCUGUGUGUAUCUGAUUGCUUAGACCAUUUAACAAAUCUCUGCUUGUUCUUUUCUUUUUUUUUACAGUAAAACCUUUGGUUUUAGAUGCUAAAGGAUUUCCUGGCAACAUGGUAUUUUGGGUAAAAUCCAAACCAGUAUAGUUCUGGAAAUGUGGCUGGCCUUUUGGGGAUCAGAAGAACAUUUUGUAUAGUGUGGGAAAAGAGACCAGGCCGGCCUUCCUUACAGAGACCAAAACACAGGCCUCAACCCGUAUUACAGGCCGCAAGCCUGAACCAGACUAAGUGUCAUGUUCCCUGCCAGCAUCGGUCAAGGGUAUGACCAGAGGAGGGAGGGGGCCGGAGGGAGAGAAAGAAGACGUCCAGCAGCAAUAAUAGCUUGUGUGUAUUUAUGGCAAUGAAAUAUAGUAAUAACCCCUCAUAAGGCUGGCGAAAUAUAAUAACAGCUUGUGUGAAGCAAGACCGUAUCUAAUUAAACUAACGAAUCACAUCUCGUUAUUUAGCUGCCCUUAACCCCCCUUCUCCGAGUGCACAAACUCCCUUCCCGAAACAGCACCCUGACUGGAACAUUUGCACAAUAGACACCCCAAAUAAGGCAAGAUAAUGCCAGUAUCGGAAAACCACCAGGAACCCCUCUACUCAAUUAGCACCCUAUUCCGAGAAAUUGCCUAAGAAUUGCCGAGAAGGGCGGAAAGACCCUAACUCCCUUAUUCUCAUAAAUGACGUGUAACAUGUAAUAUGUUUGCGGUUUUUGACUAUAAAAGUAACUCUGUAUGCUCA